UCUCUCUCUCUCUUUUUCUUACUUUCUUUUUCUCUCUCUGACAGUUCUUUCUUGUUUUCUUGUCUCCCCCUCGACUCGAGAGUCUCGAUGCGAAGAAUCGAGCAAAGUUGUCGCGAUUCGUAACUUUUGUCUUGUAACGAGAACAUAACCAGAACCCCAACGAGCUACUUGAAUGCCUAUCUUUCACUCCUUAACGCUGAUGUUGUUAGCAGUUGCGGUGGCCUUCGCGGCGGCGAUCACUGCCUUCGCCUCGCCUCUCAAGAUUUUCCCUUUGCAAAGGGCUUUCCCCUUAGACGAGCCAGUUGAGCUCAGCGAGCUCAGGGCGCGCGACAGUGUCCGCCACGCGCGAAUCUUACUAAACAGAGGCGGUCGCCAGAGCUCAAUCGGCGGCGUCGUGAACUUCCCAGUCCAAGGCUCCUCCGAUCCUUUCCUCGUCGGCUCGAAGACGACUAUGCUUUAUUUCACAAAGGUGAAACUGGGUUCUCCUCCUACAGAGUUCAACGUUCAGAUUGAUACUGGAAGCGACAUCUUGUGGGUUACUUGUGGCUCUUGCUCUAACUGCCCUCGCUCCAGUGGACUUGGAAUUGAGCUUCAUUUCUUUGACGCUCCUGGCUCCUUGACUGCCUCCUCCCUCACUUGUUCGGAUCCCAUUUGUUCUUCAGCUUUUCAGACAACAGCUGCUCAGUGCUCCGAGAAUAAUAACCAGUGUGGCUACUCUUUUCGUUACGGCGAUGGAAGUGGGACUUCCGGUUACUACAUGAGUGACACUUUCUAUUUUGACGCUGUUUUGGGAGUGUCUUUGGUUGCAAACUCAUCUGCUCCCAUUGUCUUCGGAUGUAGUACCUACCAGUCUGGCGACUUGACGAAGUCAGACAAAGCGGUGGAUGGGAUCUUUGGUUUUGGCAGGGGGAAGUUGUCUGUUGUCUCUCAGCUGUCUUCACGAGGGAUUACGCCUCCUGUGUUUUCUCAUUGCUUGAAGGGGGAUGGUAGUGGAGGUGGUGUCUUUGUCCUUGGCGAGAUAUUGGUACCAGGGAUGGUUUACAGUCCUCUUGUCCCAUCACAGUCUCACUAUAACUUAAAUCUCCUGAGCAUUAGCGUUAACGGAGAGAUGCUUCCCAUAGAUGCGGUGGCGUUUGAGACUUCGAACACACGUGGUACUAUUGUUGACACGGGAACCACUUUGACGUAUCUGGUGAAAGAGGCUUAUGAUCCCUUUCUCAGUGCUAUAUCAAGCAGCGUGUCGCAGUUGGUAACACCGAUCAUGUCUAAUGGAGAGCAGUGCUAUUUGGUCUCCACUAGCAUAAAUAACAUGUUUCCUCCGGUUAGUCUCAAUUUUGCUGGUGGUGCAUCAAUGAUGUUGAGACCUCAGGAUUACUUAUUUCAUUAUGGUUUCUAUGAUGGUGCGUCGAUGUGGUGCAUUGGAUUUUCCCAAGCUCUUGAAGAACAGAAUAUUUUAGGAGAUCUUGUCCUUAAAGAUAAAGUCUUUGUGUAUGAUCUUGCUCGGCAACGGAUUGGAUGGGCAGAGUAUGAUUGUUCAAUGUCUGUGAAUGUAUCGGUAACUUCAGGAAAGGAUAUAGUAAACUCAGGGCAACCAUGCUUGAUGAUCUCAAGAAAGGACAUGCUUUUGAAAUUGUUCUCCAGCGUCUUAUUGGCUCUACUUCUUUGUACUUUCUUUACCUUAACGUAAAAUUUAUAGUUUCAAGUUUUUUUUGUGGUUUUGUUUUAGAGUAGGGCAUGCCUGAUUCUUUUGGCCAUUCACACAUCUCUCUCUCUCUGUUGUAGUGAAGUAGUGUCUUUUUAAUUGUAGAUAGCUCUACUUGUGGCUUUUAGUAGUUUAUUUUAUUUUUCAUGUUUAA